GUCAUAUUCCUAUAGUAAGCUCGGAGUGAACAGGUUCAAACAGCCUGGCCCACGCAGCAGAGCGCAUGUCUGAGGUCUGAACCCACGUUUAACUCCGAGAACUUUCUCAGUGAGUUAUGCACCUGCAACAACUUCCCUCACCGUCCGCAGUGUCCGACAAACCGGCGAGUGCGGACAAUGUUUUUACGCACAUCGCCGCCGCCGGGGACACCCUGGAGAACGAGCCACCGUUGAAAAGACUCUCCACCGGGAUGAGAAACCCCUCAAACGCUCUGGACUACGUCUCCGCGGCACGGGGUGACAGUGAAAGUGCGGACAAGUGUGAUUUGCCUGAAUCAAGCCAAGCGCGCGAGGAUUUCGCCUUCUCUUCUGCCAUGUUCUCGUAUUCGGGGCAGCCUUUACCCGCGCUCCCGCCACUCUCCGGUCCCUACAUGACACCUCACCCGAUCAUCAGCAACGGGCCGUACAAUGGGCUGAGCUAUGCGUACUCACAGCAGUACGGACAAACUUACCCAAACGCCGCCGUCUAUCCUGGAAAAGCCCAGGUUUACCUCUGUAACCUCGCGCUGUGGUUCAAAUUCCACAGACACCAAACAGAAAUGAUCGUUACCAAACAGGGGCGCCGGAUGUUUCCGUUUCUAAGUGUUAGUGUUGCUGGUCUUGACCCGACGUGCCAUUAUAAUAUUGUUGUGGAUGUGAUCCUGACGCAUCCAGUGCGCGCCAGAAACCGAGUAUACAUGCACCCGGACUCUCCAAACACUGGCGCGCACUGGAUGCGUCAGGAGAUCUCGUUUGGAAAACUGAAGCUGACGAACAACAAGGGAGCUUCCAGCAACUCUACUCAAAUGAUCGUCCUACAGUCUCUCCAUAAGUAUCAGCCGAGGGUGCAUGUGAUUGAAAUAAACAAGAGUGGAGAUGAAGAGACGAGUGAUCCCGAUCGAGUACAGACAUUUACCUUUCCCGAAACACAAUUUAUAGCGGUCACAGCUUACCAGAACACAGACAUAACACAACUAAAAAUUGAUCACAAUCCAUUUGCUAAAGGAUUUCGGGAUAAUUAUGAUAAAAGUUACAGUGGCUCUGACGCUGACCGAUUGACCCCUACACUCGGUGGCUCUCCACAAUCUCAGAUGCUGCCUGGCUCGCGGUAUGCAACGACAAGCACUUUAUUUCAGGAGCAGUUUGUCAACAGUUACACAAAGUCCUGUUUUCCAACUCUUACCCCUGACCCUGGCCUUGCAACCUCAAACCAAUCCCAAGAGAGCAGCUUGGCCUCCGGGCAGCACUGGCUUGUGUCUUCCACUGCUGCUCCAUUAUACGAAACCGAUAUUAACACAGCAGCUCUGCUCUCUUACGCCACAGCGGGGGUCAGAGGUCUGCCUUUCACUGGUGGCACUAGUACAAGUCUGGAUUACUACACUAGUUCCGCUGGAUGGGAUUCACAGGGUUUGCUAGAGAACAGCAGUAAAACCAGCUCAAUUCUGCCUGGUUGGGUUCUAGAUGCAGGUCUUGAAAGAUCAACACGAUCGAAUUACUUGCCUGAGGAUGAAGAUAGGUUGGAAAUAGACCGGUCAGCUCUUGGAGUUUCUAAGGAGCUGGAAGGUGAAGAUGCCACGGAUUCGACAUGGACCGAAACUCAGUCUUCCAUUAAACCUGUCGAUUCCAGGAUUUCGGAGGAGGCGCAACUGAAAAAUCCUUCUAUCAGUCCAGUUUCAGACGUUCAGACUGCGAAAGACAUGCAGAACAGGGUCAAAAAUGGGAUUAAAGAAUCUGACUUUUUUCAUUUCGACACUCAAACAUAAACCUGCCUGGGCUGAGUGUGCAAUUAAAAUGUUGUUAAUAUGGAAAUAGCAUUAUGAUGAUGAUUUAUGUAUACAGCAUUUAUUUAUUUCCAUGUUACACUGCAUCAUUGAAGAUGAACGAGAACUGACAUCCCCAACUAUCUAAACGCUGUAUUUGACG